GCGACUGAGGACGCACCAGGUGGAGACAGCAACUGCAUUACGCACCAAGAAUAUAUAGAACAGUACACUCUAACUUCAGACAUAUUGACAAAAUGUAUCGUAAAAAGUAUCUUCACUUACAUUGUAUCGAAAAACAAUGAGGAACAUUGUAACGAAUUGAGAUACAAUAUUGUGUGAUGGCUGUAUUCAAGAGACUCAAGAGACUUUGAAACAAAUUAUGCUUUUGUUAUCUGAAUAGGCAAAAACGUCUGCCAGCUACUGUCAAACGACCCAUGAAGACAUAUGAAGGCAUUUGUGCGCCCUAUAGUUACAUUUGAAAAUAGUCCAGCACUAGAAAAAGUGAUGAACUCGUCUGGUUUGGACAACCUAACCGAAUUUGCAUCAUGGUAUCUCAACAGCACGGAUGUCGAGGAGGAAAAUCAGAAACUUCUGUUCGGGAUUGGCAUGGACAACUUCAUUACGCUUUUAGUUUUCGGACUCAUCUUUACGCUUGGAGUGUUGGGAAACUCCAUGGUCAUCACGGUGCUGGCACGUAGUAAACCCGGAAAACCACGGAGCACCACAAACAUAUUCAUCCUCAACCUUAGCAUCGCCGACCUGUCCUAUCUGCUUUUCUGCAUCCCUUUUCAGUCAACUAUUUACAUGAUGCCGACAUGGGUUCUGGGUGCCUUCAUCUGCAAGUUUAUUCAUUAUUUCUUCACCGUUUCCAUGCUGGUUAGUAUUUUCACCUUGUCCGCAAUGUCGGUGGACCGCUACAUUGCCAUUGUUCACUCCAGAAAGUCGUCCUACAUCCGCGUGUCAAAGCACGCUUUGAUCGGAGUGGUGGUCAUUUGGAUACUCUCUUUGGCAAUGGCGGCGCCAGUCGCGGUCAUACACAACAUAUACCAGAGAGACGAGAAUCACACCUAUUGCUGGGAAGUGUGGCCGGAUCAAAACCAAAAGAAAGUCUAUGUUGUGUGCACGUUUGUUUUUGGUUAUGUAUUGCCCCUGCUGCUGAUUUCGUUCUGUUACGCAAAGGUUUUAAAUCACCUGCACAAAAAACUCAGAAACAUGUCCAGAAAGUCAGAGGCAUCGAAAAAGAAGACUGCCCAGACGGUUCUUGUAGUGGUGGUGGUGUUCUGCCUGUCAUGGCUCCCCCACCAUGUGGUCCACCUGUGGGUGGAGUUUGGCAACUUCCCCUUGACCCAGUGGUCCUUCUUGUUCCGGGUGGCGGCCCACUGCCUAGCCUAUAGCAACUCCUCCGUCAACCCUGUCAUAUAUGCCUUCCUCUCGGAGAACUUCAGGAAGGCCUACAAGCAGGUGUUCAGGUGUCAGGUUACCAACUCCCCUCUCAACGAACUCAAGGAGUUCCGCAGCAAGGUGGACAACACACCGCCCUCCACCAACUGCACCAACGUCUGAUUGGAGGUCACCGAGUGCCAGCUCAACUACGGCCAUGACGAUUGGCUGUUUUCAAGGGUCCUCCUGAGACAUAAUGCUAUGAGGUUCCAUGUUUUGAUUUGGAAACGGUAUGAAGACAAUAUGAAGAAAAGUGGAUAUCGUUCAAGCUACAUAGGUCCACAUCAGCGCUGUACCAUCAUCAAAAUAAUGCCACGCCAGACGAUGUGCCAUACGGGAUGUGUGUAGUGAGCGUCUCUUUCUCUCUCUUUAUCUUGCUUCCUCUCUCUCGUUCUCUCUGUCAUUAUCACAGGAAGAUUGCAGUCUGACUCUCGGGAAAGCAGAGAAUGUGGACUUUGAUAUUUCACUGGCCAUCUUAUUAUACAUCAAAACUGUGAAUGUUUGGUCAUUUGCCUUCUUACAUGUGCAUGUGCAUAUUGUUGGUCCUUUGUGAUGCUGUAUUGCUGCUCUCUUCAGUAGCAAUUGAAAUGAGUGUCUGUAACAUAGCUUCACUCUACACAUUAAAGCCUGAUGUUACUGCUGUAUAUGUUACAUGGUAGCCUAUCAUGGAGUAGUUUUGAAUUGUUAAAACAUAUUAGCUAUUGCUCUAUUAGAUGUUGCCCAGAAUAUAAAAAAUGUACACAGUGUAAUUUUGUCUUUAAAGUUGAAUACUGUUUAAAGAGAAAACAUUUUUUUGCUUGAAUGUAAUGGUCAAUUCUCUUGUUGUGAGUUGCCAAUGUGUAUACAAGGGAAAUGCUGUCCGUAUAACCUAAACCUGUCUUGCCAUCUGUAAUGGACUUUGCAAUGAAUAUAAAAAACACGAGUUGGGAUUUUUAAUAACGCUAUUGUAUAAACAAUUUCAAAAAUA